AUGAUUGUUAAUUGCUACAAGACGCAGUUAAAAAAAAAUCCGACGUUAACAGUUCGAGAAGCUCGUAUUUGUAUAUCACAAGAACUUGGCAUUGGACAGCGAACAGUGUCGAAUGUUAUAAGUGAAUAUAAUUCCAGAAAAACCUCUCCGUCCAAAACUCGUAAUAAGCCGUCAAUUAAAGACAAGCUUGAUGACAUACAACUAAAUACAGUACGAAGGCAUAUUCAUUCAUUUUGGUUCAAUAAAACAAUACCCACAUUGGACAAAAUAUUGCAAGUUGUUAAGGAUGACGAUAGUUUGCCAGAUAUAUCAAGAAUGAACUUACAACGUUUGUUGAAAUUCAUGGACUUCGUAUACACGAAACGCAGUCGCAAUAGUGCGCUCAUUGAGAAGGAUGAGAUUGUUGUGUGGCGAAGACGGUAUUUACUUAAUAUACUUAAAUAUCGUGAAGAAGGGCGAAGUAUAUACUACCUCGAUGAAACAUGGGUCAACGCUGGGGACUGUACAAGUAAAACGUGGAUAGACAAGACCAUUAAAUCACCCCGUGAUGCAUUUUUGCAAGGUCUCACGACGGGGUCUCAGAAUCCAUCUGGCAAAGGCAAGAGGCUCAUUGUUCUACACAUUGGGUCGGAAGACGGGUUCGUGCCAGGUGGCCUAUUAUGUUUCGAGUCGAAAAAAACCAUGAACUACCAUGAAGAAAUGAAUGGGGAAACAUUUUACAACUGGAUGACAAACAUAUUACCACGACUUAAAGAGAACAGUGUCAUUGUAAUGGACAACGCUCCAUAUCAUUCUAUGAAGAAAGAAAAGAUUCCAAAUACAAAUACCAAAAAACAAGACAUCAUAAAAUGGUUACUGGAAAAGGGCCAGGUAAUUGAUCGACCUAUGGUGAUCCCCGAAUUACUCGAAAUGGUAAAUCAAAUAAAACCACAAUUUGAUAAAUAUCUAAUUGACGAACUGGUCGAAACACACAACCGCAAAAUUUUAAGACUCCCUCCUUAUCAUUGCGAGUUAAAUCCCAUAGAACUGGCGUGGGCUUCCGUGAAAGGUCACGUAAAAUCGAACAACACUAGCUAUAAAUUAUGUGACGUGAAAACCUUAUUAAUGGAAGGUAUAGAGCGAGUAAAUGAAAAAAAUAUGUGGAAAAAUUUCAUAAGACACACAACAGAACAAGAGGAAAAAUUCGCUAAAAUCGAUUUUAUUGUUGACGAAAUGUUGACGGCAGAAACAGAACGGGUAACGAUGACAGUAGGCGAUACGUCUUCAGAAUCUGAAUUAUCUGAUAAUUAA